GGCCGCGAGGAUGGAGCAACUGAAGGCGGAGAUCGAGAGAAAACGGCGGCUCCUGGAGGACAGCCGGCCCUCGGGGGAAUCAAAAAAGUUCUUCAAACGUAGUGAACUCGCCAAGAAGGAAGAGGAGGCAUAUUUGGAAAGAUGUGGCUACAAGGUGCAAACAAAACCAAUUGAAGAAAAUGCUGCCUCUUCAAAUCCAGUGCUUGAACUCGAACUUGCAGAAGAGAAGUUACCCAUGACCCUUUCCAGGCAAGAGGUUAUUCGACGGCUACGUGAAAGAGGAGAACCAAUUCGAUUGUUUGGUGAAACAGACUAUGAAGCCUUUCAACGUCUUCGAAAAAUAGAAAUCUUAACUCCUGAAAUUAAUAAGGGUUUGAGAAAUGACUUGAAAGCUGCUAUGGAUAAGAUAGACCAGCAGUAUUUAAACGAAAUUGUCGCUGGUCAGGAACAUGGUGAAGAGGAAGGACAGAAUGACCUGAAAGUUCAUGAAGAAAAUACAACAAUUGAGGAACUGGAGGCCUUGGGUGAAUCCUUGGGUCAGGGUGAUGAUUCUAAAGACAUGGAUACCAUUACCAAAGUUCUAAGGUUUCUUCUUGAUGUUUGGGCAAAAGACCUGAAUGCCAGGGAGGAUUAUUUAAAGUGCAGUGUUCAGGGUAAACUUGCUGGAGCCACCCACAAGCAGACUGAAUCCUACUUGAAACCUCUCUUCAGGAAACUUCGUAAAAAGACUUUGUCUCAGGACAUCAAAGAAUCCAUAACAGAUAUCAUCAAAUUCAUGUUACAAAGAGAAUAUGUUAAGGCAAAUGAUGCUUACCUUCAGAUGGCCAUUGGCAAUGCUCCAUGGCCCAUUGGAGUUACCAUGGUUGGUAUCCACGCCCGUACAGGUCGUGAAAAAAUCUUUUCCAAACACGUAGCACAUGUACUAAAUGAUGAAACACAGCGGAAAUACAUCCAGGGCUUGAAAAGGUUGAUGACCAUCUGCCAAAAGCAUUUUCCAACAGAUCCGUCAAAGUGUGUGGAGUACAAUGCACUUUAACCAGCUAGCUUUUGAAUGGAACCUUUUCUGUAUUAUUCCUGGAUUGAACUGUUAAGAGUCAGACCUAUUGGGAGCUAUAAAGAAGAAUUUGUGGGACUGUGCAAGUAUUUCAAACAUCAAUGAAAUGUUCUUCAGAAAAGCACAAGCAUUAAAGCUGCAUGACCCCACAGUUGUGUUUGUUUAGUAUUAAGUAACUUACAAGCAUCUGCAUCCAAUUGUUUUUAAUUACCCUUCUGGUAAUUCAAACCCAUUUUUUGUUAAUUUAAGUCUCGUCAAUAGAAAUAUGCUCACAGUCUUUGGGAAAAUACUUUGAAUUCAGGAUUGUGUUCACACAAAACUUUAAGAUGUAUGGUUAUUGAAUAUGUUCUCUCAUUGAUGGUUUUGCCUGAAUCAUCUGUAAAUUAUUGUAACUUAAGUUCUGAACUCAGUAAGAUUUCAGCCGUACUUGGUGGCCAUUACUGAGAAUUGCAUUCUAUAUUUUGCCCAGGUACUUGCCAUUUUCAUGACACCAGCAAAUUAUUGCAUUUUCUUUAGCAGUUGAAGGCACUAUCGACUCACAUUUGCUGUGUCAAUAAUUAUGUACCAUUUCAUAUUACAUUCAAAUGCAUUUGAGGCAGACUGUCCAUACUAAAUGUGAAUUGGUAUUUUGGACAUUCUUCAAGUUGUUCUUAUACCAAAUCAUCUUGGUCUGUGUUAUCAUACAAUGCUUUUGUUCUUUCCAUCACUUUAUGCUGCCGAGUUUAAAUUGUUGGCACUUGCGCAAUAAUCUCGGUUUUGUAAAAAUACUGUGUAAAUGUUUCUAAUGUUCAUGCUUCUUGUCUUGGCUGCACCUUUUAAUGUCUGAAACCUGAUGCUGUAAAUCAGGAUAUUCUCUCAAAAAUCUAAUUUUGAUAUCUCAUGAGUAUUGUUCAUGGCUGAAAUGUUUAAGCUUGCAGUAAAUGCUUUUUUAAUUUUUACGUCAUUUCCAGCUUUGAGGAGGAAUAGACAAGAAGUAGACAAUAGUUCAGCACUUGAGCAACAGUUUUCAUACAUUCUCUUUCCUCCCAUCCAUUUUUAUUUUUGGAGGAUGUGCCUGGCAUUUACUGAGGACCUUGUUUAGGAACAGUUAAUAGUGGCUAUGCUGUUAUAUAGGUUGGAACAUCCAAAGUACUCCACCUCACAAGUUUACAAAAGACCAGGGAAUGCCACUGUAGAAUCUGCUGCUGUUUGUGGGAGAGUAGUAGCAAACAGCCAACUACCUUUGCUAUUGUCUUGGAUUGUAGGAUAUACUGAAUAAACAUCUGUUUUGCAAUGAAAUCUUAAUUACAGCCAAAUUUAAUAAGCCAAACAUAUUUUAUGUCCAGAUCUUUUGACUCAUUGAAUAUUGUGUAUGGGUAAAAUUUUAAUCACAGUCAUAGAGUCAUAGAGCAUGGAAACAGAUCCUUUGGUCCAACUAGUCCAUGCCAACUAUGUUCCCAAACUAAACUCAUCCUACUUGUCUGUGUUUGGCCCAUAACCUUCCAAACCUUUCCUAUUCAUGUACUUAUCCAAACAUCUUAGUAAAUGUUGUAACUGUACCCGCACCCACCACUUCCUUUGGUAGUUCAUUUCAUACAUGCUGCACUGCCUGUGUUUUUUAAAAAAACAUUGUCACUUGUGUCCUUUUUAAAACUUUCUUCUCUCACCUUAAAGAUAUGCUCCCUAGUUUUCAACUUCUCCAUCUUCGGGAAAAGAUCCUUGCCAUUCACCUUAUCUAUGCCCCUCAUGAUUUUAUAAGCCUGUAUGUGAUGUGGGACAAAGAUUGACAAAUACUCUUCCCUUCCUCCUCUGCCAGUAUCACAGGCAAGGCAGGAGUUAGAAAGCAGAGCCCCAACAAUGCAGUCCUGAAGUCUCUGCCUAUACACUGUUCUCAGCUCCCCGGAGUGAAGUUCAAACUGCUAACCCCUUGUAGUUCAGAGACGAGUGCUGUCUCAUGGACUGUGGUAACAUCAAUGAAAACAAAGUCUGUGGCAAUCUUAUGGGUUAAGUCACAAAUUGUGUGCAACAGCAAUGUACAUAUUGACUGGCUUUCAUGUAAUCAGUCAUCUAAGUGCUUUCCAGAAUCAAUGGCUAUUGAAUAGGAAUUGGGUCAUGGGUUGAACCCAGCUGGUGGUAAUACUGGACAAGUCAGAUCCCAGACAUUAUGGCACUUUAGACCAUAAAUUUUAAUUUUGUAAUUUGUUUACCUUGAUGGUUAGUUGCUGAACAUAUUCACAACACACUGCCAAUAUACUUCAAAUGGAGAAUAUCCAAAAUAGUUACACACAAAAUGGAUUAAAAACACUAUUUCAAACCAUAUAAAAGCUUUUGGAUGGAGGUUUGCUCGCUGACCUGAAAGGUUCAUUUCCAGACGUUUCGUUACCUUACUAGGAAACAUCUUCAAUGGACCUCAUGCGAAACAAUGUUGAAAAUUCCUGUUUUCCAUUUAUAUGUUUGGGUUGGUGAUGUCAUUUACUGUGGUAAUGUUAUUUCCUUGUAUAUACCGUGUAUUCAAAAAGAAUGAGUACCCAAUGAACAUAGUCCACCAAUUUCUCAGCAACAAACUGAAACAAGCAGACAAAACACGUCCAGAAACCCUAGCCACUCUCCCCUACAUCAAAGGCAUCUCGGAAAUGACUGCCAGACUACUCAGACCCCUUGUCAUCAUGGUAGGCCACAAACCCACCAACACACUAAAACAGCAGCUAAUGAACUUGAAAGACCCUGUACAGACAAUAAGCAAAACUAAUGUCAUUUACAAAAUACCAUGCAAGAACUGUAACAAACACUAUAUUGGACAAGCAGGCAGAAAACGAGCCACCAGGAUACAUGAACACCAACUAGCCACAAAAAGACAUGACCCCCCUCUCAUUAGUAUUCUUACAUACGGAUGAGGAAGGACACCACUUCGACUGGGACAACACAUCCAUACUAGGACAAGCCAAACAAAGACACACACGAGAAUUCCUAGAAGCAUGGUAUUCCAUGAAAUGAACCUUUCAGUUCAGCGAGCAAACCUAUAUCGAAAACCUCAACCUGAGCUACAAAUCUUCUCAAAAUUCUCUAUAUAAAAGCUUUUUAAAACUGUCAUUACAAUUAUCAAAGAUAACGUUCCAACUCUUUUACCCUGAACAAUAACUUCACAGAUCCUUAAACCUCAGUGCAGGAUCACCCUGUUUCAAUUCUAAACUUCCUUCUUCAAUUGGCAAUUAGUUUCUUUCUGGCUAUUGCCUGCCUUCACUCGAUGCUAGUUGCUAUAGGUAAUAUCUCUUCAUGUGACCCUUAAACUGCUAACACUGCUUUUAAACAUGAAUUUCUGAAACACCUUUUCCAUAGCCUUCCAUUUCUAGAACUUCCUCUUGCUGACUUUAAAUCACUGAGGAUCUCUCUUUCUCCUGAAAACACCAAAUGCUGGAGAUCACAGCGGGUCAGGCAGGCUCCAUGGAGAGACAGCAAGCUAACGUUUAGGGUCAAGAUAACUCUUCAUCAGAGCUGAUGUACAGGGUGGAGGGGACAGCAUUUAUGCUAUAUUUGGGGGGUGGAGUGUAGAGUGGUGGGGGAGAAAGGAUGUUAAUAAUUCAAAUUAAGUGAUGGAAGUGUAAGAAUGGCAGAACAAUGGUGUGUCUAACUGCCAGACUGGAAAUAACAGACAGUCCCCUUGGGGUGGGGGGAGGGGAGAGAGGACAUGGUGACAGAAUGUAACAAAUAAAGAAAGGGAAGGACUGGGAUUUGGUUCACAAUUUGAAGGUGUUGAACUCAAUAUUAAGUCCAGAAGGCUGUAAAGAGCCUAGUCUAAAGAUGCAAUGUUGUUCCUCCAGUUUGCAAUGUGAUUCACUGGAUCACUGGAACACUGCAGCACGCUGAGCACAGGCAUGUGAUCAGGACGCUGUGUUAAAAUGGCUGACUACAGAAUGGUCAGGGUCAUGCUUGCACACAGACUGGAGAUGUUCCACAAAGUGAUUACUCAAUCUACAUUUCGUUUCUUCAAUGUAGAGUAGGCUGCUUUGGUUGUAGUGAAUACACAAGAUUGGAGGAAGUACAGGUGAAAUGCUGCUUCGCCUAGAAAGACUGUUUAAGCCCUUGGAUGGUGAGCUGGGAGGAGGUGAAAGGGCUGGUGUUGCACCUUCUGUGGUUACAUGGGGAGGUGUUUGGGCUGGCGGUUUGGAUGGGGAUGUUGUUAGUGGUUAACAAAUGGGCUAAGGAGAUCCGUAGUGAACUAAUCCUGCAACAUGCAGACGGGGAAGUGAGGGGAAGAUGUUUUUGAUGGUGGCGUUUUGCUGGAGCUGUCUAAAAUGGCAGAGAAUGAUUCUUUGAAUGCAGAGGCUGGUGGGAUGAGAAGUGAGGACAAGGGGAACCCAAUCAUGCUGUUAUGAGUGGUGGGAAGGGACAAAGGCAGAGCCACAGGUGAUAGGUCAUCAAAUGCUGGAGAUCACAGCAGGUCAGGUACCAUCCUCUUUUCGUUCUCCUGUCCUGAGUGCAUUGCUGCUCUUGCAGCCUUUCUACCUGAAUGACUCCCUUCUGUUUGAAAGAAACCUGCAUGCUCUCGACCUUCUGGAUGGUUCUCCUUUUCUGGAGAGAAAUAAUUUCUGUUUUUGUCUCCUUGAUCUUAUGACCUUUUAUUGCUAAGCAACAGCACUUUUACUUCCUCUGCUACACUUGUUUUAAACAGGUCAGGACUAUCCACCUUGAGAUUUUUUUAAGGCAUACUUUAAAUGCACAUAAACAUAUUACCAGGCAUUCUAGCACCACACUCAGAACUCAAACAAAAGCAAGCCCUUUCUAACCCAUACAAUACAGAGUUGCUUAUCAAACUUAAAGCUAAAUCUGGUCUUUCCAUAUUAAGACCCAAGUUUCCAAAUAGAACUAAUGCAUCAUGAACCUUCUCAUAAGGCAGGAAAAAUUAUUGAUUGAAGUUUUGAUUAAACAUUAAGGAAGGGCACUGAUAUGAGAGGUGGUAGAAACUGAUACAAUAGCAAUUUAGAUAGACACAAACAGGCAGAGAAAAUAGGGAUGUGGGCCAUGCGCAGGCAAGAAUGGCAUCAUGGUCAGUGCAGACAUGAUGGGCCGAAGGGCCUGCUCCUGUGUUGUACUUUUGUGUUAUGAGAGACAGAUGGCAAGGAAAUUAGGUUGGCCAACAUUUCAGGCUGAAUGUUAGGAAGCCCAUUCUGGUUGUCUGAUCCACCUGAAUGUAUCUAUUAGUUUCCCUUUUGAUGGAACAUUUUGAUUUGAAAAUAAAUUUAGAAUAUUUUAAA